GGGGACCACCGCCUCUAAAAUGAGUCUCUCUGGGGAGAGAGAAGAGACCACUGCCUCUAAAAUGAGUCUCUCUGGGGAGAGAGAGGAGAACACUGCCUCUAAAAUGACUCAAGACACCAGUUCUAAGAGUGUCCAGAAGCCCAGAGCAGAGUCCCCUACAACCAGCCUGCUAUCAAUGAAGAGUGAUCAGCCACCUGCUUUCAGCCAGGAACCAUUGCCAGAUGACAAUAAGGAAGUGGAGAGUUUGGACAGUGAGGAUGUAUUAAAGAUCACACACAACCUCCUGGACAGAAGAAGUCAAACUCUGCUGACAGUCCAACAAGACAUUAAGGCUAAACUGAAAUACAAGUAUCAACACAUAUCUGAAGGAAUUGGACACCAUGGAAACCAAAGUCUGUUCAAAGACAUCUACACAGAGCUCUAUAUCACAGAGGGUGGAAGUGGAGGGCUCAAUAAUGAACAUGAGGUUAGACAGAUAGAGAUGGCAUCCAAGAAACAAACCACACAAGAGACACCAAUCAAAUGCAACGACAUCUUCAAGCCUUUACCUGGACAAGACAAACCAAUCAGAACUGUGCUGACCAAAGGAAUCGCUGGCAUUGGAAAAACAGUCUCUGUGCAGAAGGUCAUCCUUGACUGGGCAGAGGGAAAAGCAAAUCAGGACGUUCAUUUCAUGUUUCCUCUUCCUUUCCGUGAUCUGAACCUGAAAAAGGACCAAUACAGUCUGAUGCAACUUCUUUCCCACUACUUCCCAGAGCUGAAAGAGAUUGACAGCAUUGAAGAUGGUGAAACUAAAACUGUUUUCAUUUUUGAUGGUCUGGAUGAGUGUCGACUUCCUCUAGACUUCAAAAACAAUGAGAAGUGCUGUGAUGUCACGAAGCCAACCUCAGUGGACGUGUUGCUGACAAACCUCAUCGAGAGGAAUCUGCUUCCCUGUGCUCUCCUCUGGAUAACCUCACGGCCGGCAGCAGCCAAUCAGAUCCCUACUGAGUGUGUUGACCAGGUGACAGAGGUACGAGGGUUCAAUGAUCCACAGAAGGAGGAGUAUUUCAGGAAGAAAAUCACAGAUCAGAAUCUGGCCAAUGAAAUCAUCAAGCACAUGAAGACAUCAAGGAGCCUCUACAUCAUGUGCCACAUGCCAGUCUUCUGUUGGAUAUCAGCCACUGUCCUUGAGAUGAUACUGAACGAGGCAGAGAAGGAUGAAGUCCCCAAAACUCUGACCCAGAUGUACUCACACUUCAUUCUCAUCCAAAUCAUUGUGAAGAACAGGAAGUACAACAAAGCCACAGAGACAAACCCAAAGGAACUGUCUCAGUCAGACAAAGAGAUGAUCCUGAAACUGGCAAAACUGUCUUUCCAACAGCUGCAGAAGGGCAACCUGAUCUUCUAUGAGGAGGACCUGAGAGAGUGUGGCCUUGAUGUCACAGAGGCGUCAGAGUACUCAGCAAUGUGUACAGAGAUCUUUAAAGAAGAAUCUGGGCUGUACCAAGACAAGGUCUACAGCUUUGUGCAUCUGAGCAUUCAGGAGUUUCUAGCAGCAGUGCAUGCUUUAGAAUCAUGUCUAGACAAGAAGGAAAGUGUUUUCUCCCCCACGAGUGAUGAUGAAAAGAAUGAGUCAAUCCAGUUGUCUGACUUACACAGGAGAGCAGUGGACCAGGCCUUGAAGAGUGAGAAUGGACACCUGGACCUGUUCCUCCGCUUCCUUCUGGGUCUCUCACUGGAGUCCAAUCAGAAUCUGUUACGAGGCCUUCUGACACAGACAGGAAGUACAACACAGACCAAUGAGGAAACAGUUAAGAGAACAGUCAGGUACCUUUCAGACAACAUCAAGGAGGAAUCCUCACCAGAAAGGAUCAUCAACUUGUUCCACUGUUUGAAUGAACUUGGUGCCAACUCUCUAGUUGAAGACAUGCAGACCUCCCUGCGUUCAGGAACUCUUUCAGAAACAAGACUAAAACCUGACCAAUGUUCAGCCCUGGCCUACCUGUUACUGAUGUCAGAGGAGGUGCUGGAGGAGCUUGACCUGAAGACAUACAACACAACAAAGGAAGGUUAUCAGAGGUUGCUGCCGGUAGUGAAAACCUGCAAGAGAGCACUGUAA